AUGCUUUCCAGGUCACUGAAGCGGGCUUCGAGCUCGUUCAUACUCUGUACUCGUACAGCAAGAAGAACAUUGAUCCCCCAACCACCACUGCCUCUUGUAACUCCUCGUCCUUUGCCUACAUUCCACAAGUUCACUUCCGAAGAUGCCAAAGCCAAUAGAUCAUACAUGACCAGAUUACUAGAAGGAUUAGAUGAGCUCAGGAGCAGAGCGAGAGAAGGAGGAGGGAAAGAAACUUUGGAGAAAUGGAAGGCGAGGGGCGAGGGCAAAUUGAGCGCAAGAGAGAGAGUUGCAGCCCUGCUGGAUCCGGCAAGCCCAUUUAUUGAGUUAUCACCUCUGGCAGCACAUGAAGUCUACCCAGAUCCAUUACCUGGAGCAGGGAUAAUCACUGGAAUAGGUAUGGUUGCAGGUAGAAAAUGUAUGAUAGUAGCGAAUGAUCCAACAGUAAAAGGAGGAGCGUACUAUCCGUUGACUGUCAAGAAACACCUUCGGGCACAACAGAUAGCUCUUGAGAAUCGAUUACCAUGUAUUUAUUUGGUAGAGUCUGGUGGGGCGGCAUUACCUUAUCAAGCCGAAGUCUUCCCAGAUCAUGAUCACUUCGGUCGUAUAUUCUAUAAUAUGGCGAGAAUGUCAGGUCUUGGUAUACCACAGAUUAGUGUAGUUCAUGGUAUAAGUGUUGCUGGAGGAGCAUAUAUGCCUGCGAUGUCAGAUGUGGUCAUAAUUGUCAAGAAUCAAGGUCGGAUCUUUUUAGCUGGGCCACCUUUGGUGAAAGCCGCUACGGGAGAAAUAGUAGACGACGAGACCUUAGGCGGAGGUGAGAUGCAUACGUCCAUUUCUGGAGUAGCGGAUUAUUUGGCGACGUCCGAUUCUCACGCGUUAGGAUUAGCAAGAGAAGCAAUGAAAGAUCUAGGUCCUGUUACCGUCUCUAGUUCCACUUCUUCAAGAACUGUCAAGGAACCUCUAUACUCUACGAAAGAAUUGGAUGAGAUCGUUCCUUCCGAUCCUAAACAGGCUUAUAAUCCAAGAGAGAUCAUAGCUAGAUUAGUGGACGGAAGUGAAUUCAGAGAGUUCAAGAAGGAAUAUGGUAAAACAAUCAUCACUGGCUUUGCAGAGAUACAUGGGCAUACUGUCGGGAUCAUAGCAAACGCUGGCGUUCUGCUUUCACCAUCAGCAUUGAAAUCUACCCACUUCAUAAAUCUUUGUUCACAAAGAGGCAUUCCUCUGAUAUUCCUAGUGAAUGUCAGCGGGUAUAUGGUGGGUGAAAAAGCUGAAAAGGGAGGAAUUGCGAAAGAUGGUGCGAAAAUGGUUAGAGCUGUUGCGAGAGCCAAAGUUGAGAAAUAUACAGUUGUUGUGGGAGGAAGUUAUGGCGCAGGAAAUUACGGAAUGUGCGGUAGAGCUUACUCCCCUCGAUUCUUAUGGAUGUGGCCGAAUUCCAAAAUAUGCGUGAUGGGUCCAGAUCAGUUGUCCACCGUUAUGCAUACUGUUCAAGGGAAAAGAUCCAGUUCCACCGGUUCUGACGAAGCUGAGAGGAAAAAGCAAGAACUGAAAGAGAAGAUUGAGAAACAAAGUGAUGUCCUAUUUUCAACAGCUAGAAUAUGGGAUGAUGGAAUCAUCAAACCCAGUGAUACGCGUGAUUUGCUUGGUUUGGGUUUGGAGUUAGCUCAUGAAGAAAGAUCAACGCGAAAGUCAGUUGGUAUGGGGAGAGGAAAUCGAGGUGAGAUAGGAGCAGACGGUGAUUCUGGUGAUUGGGGUGUAUUUAGGAUGUGA